CUUAUCUUAACAAUAACAAAUGACUCGAUUAUCUUCAUUAUUACUAUCAUUUAUUUUCUCUUUUUCCCUCAUCUUCAUCUCUCAAGCCGAUCCUAUCAAUGAACUUGAUGCUAUUCAUCAAUUGAUUAAACGUGAAGAUAAAUUACCUUUCGAUACACUUCCAAAUGCUAAUUGUACAGCACCUUCAGCUUGUCAAAAUAUUGCUCAACCUGCUUCAUGUCGUUGUAAUGGAGUACUUACUGUUUGUCAAAAUAACCAAGGUCAAUUCUGUUGGGGUUCUCAAUCAUUGAAUCAAAAUACUGGUUGUCCAACUGUACCUUCUACUUGUAGUUCUUCAUUUAACGGUACUGCCUCUUGUCUUUGUAACUCUCAAGCAGUACUCUGUGUUGAUCAACAUAAUCAUUACUGCUACGGUAAUGUUGCUGCUGGCAGCUCAGUUUCUUUGGCUCCUAUUCCAACUGGUUCUCAAACCUCUUCUUCUUCUGCUCAAAUUCCUCUUCCUCCUGCUGCAAGUGGUGGUCAAUCUAGUUCACCUGGUGCCUCUUCUACUCCUUCUUUGGCUACUACCUUGACCAUCUCUUCACAACAAAUUAUCUUGGUAUUGGUAUUGGCUUUGGUUUCUCUUGCUUCUAUUGUCUAAAAUUCCCCUCACCUUCUCUCUUCCUCUCUCUUUUCUCCUUUUUUUUUUAAUUUAUUUCUUUGAUGGCUGCUUAUUUUUCUUCUCUUUCAUAUUUAGUCAAACCCCAUAUCGAUGUUAUCCAUUUUUGUUAUGCAUAUAGAAUAAAUCAUAUUUUUUUUAUCAUU